AUGGGAAACGCUCUGAGAAUAAUCUGUGGGGUUUGUUGUAAGCCCACAUCAGAAUCUGAUUCUCUGGGUCACCAUGGUGUCACAGCUCAAACCGUUGGUGUUUCAGCUCUUGCUCAUGAUCUUUAUAGCUAUGAAAUCAAUUCCCAGGUUCCUGAAGGACUUAGUAAGCAUGUUGUGUCAUCAAAGAAGGCUCAAGCCAAUUGGUAUAAAAAGCUUUCGGAUGCAUGGAGAGAAGCAAAACCUCCACCACGAACGCCUGAAGAAGCCUCCCGACUUAUAAUUCAGACCUUGAAGCGACAUCAGAAGGCUGAUGUUGAGGGAUUGCUGGUGUUUUACGGUUUACCUUUGCCACAUGCUCUGGUCGAGCUAACUCAUGAAGCUCCUCCUUCCACUCAUUUGGAAGGAGCUCCACCUUCGGCACAUUUGCAAGGGCUCAAAUUUGAGUUGCAAACACUUCCAGUAGAUGCAAAGGCGGUAGCUGAUGGAGAUACCAUCACCGUAUAUGUUAGUACCAUGACCCCCAGGGAGUCAUCCCAGGUUCCCAAGGAUGUACAAGUUGCUGCCGUUCAAAGAUCAAAAGCUAGGGCAGUAAAAAAUUAUGCUAAAGCAGAUGCGCUGCAUAAACAAAUCAUUGAUGCAGGAUACAGGGUACUUCUGAUUCAAAACGAAGAAGUUCUGGCUAAGAAGUAUCGAAUUCGAUUAAGGGGAAUAGAUGCACCGGAGAGUAAAAUGCCAUAUGGUAAAGAGGCAAAGGAAGAGCUUCUGAAGUUAGUGCAAGGGAAAUCCUUGAGGGUUCUUGUAUUCGAUCAAGAUCGUUAUGGCCGAUGUGUUGGGGAUGUAUACUGCAACGGCAUAUUUGUUCAGGAAGCGAUGCUUAAGAAAGGUUUAGCAUGGCACUACACAGCAUAUGACAAACGCCCAGAACUAGAUAAGUGGGAGAAAGAUGCAAGAGCAAAGCGUGUUGGUUUAUGGGCUUCCAAAAAUCCUGAGAUGCCGUGGGAGUGGAGGAAAGACAGACGUGAAGAAAGAUAA